AUGGCGGCCUCCGACAGUCACAAGAAACGCUUGUUUGACGACAGUGACGAUGAAUCGGAUGGAGGUGUUAAGCUACAAAUCAAUUCCGAAUAUGCCAAAAGAUUUGAGCAUAACAAGAAGCGCGAAGAAAUGCACAGACUGGAGGAAAAAUACAAGUCAAAGCAGUCGAGUGGAGACAAAUCAAAAGCAGGCAAUGAUGAAGAUGAUGACUCCUCAUCGGACGAGACGGAAGAUGAAAAUGGAUUCUUAGCUACCGAAGACCUUGACGCCGAGAUAUCUGCCACCCUCCAAGCAAUCAAGAAUAAAGACCCCCGCGUCUACGAUACCAAGACCACAUUCUACAAGUCAAUAGACGAGAGCGCAACGGCAGAAGAUACGUCGGCGAAUGAAAAGAAGGAGAAACCUGUCUUCCUGAAAGAUUACCACAGAGAAAAGAUCCUCCGAGGAGAUACUGGAGCUGAUUUUGAUAAUGUGAAAGAACCUCCGCAAACAUACACACAAGAACAAGACGACUUGAAAAAGUCUAUUAAGGAUGAGAUCAAAGCGCAACUUGAAGCGGGCGAUGACGCCGAAAGUAGCGACAGCGACGAGGACUUCUUGAAGGCUAAAGAGGAGACAAGAACCGCCCCCGAAAACGGCAUUCAUCCAUCCAGAGCUGGGAAAAUCAAGGCCCCGAAACCCGACGUCACAGACGCCGACAAGGAUCCGGAGCUGUUCCUUUCAAAUUUCAUGGCCUCCCGCGCUUGGGUAGAAGAGGAUGCCACCGGUUGGAAAGCGUUCGAGUCUGACGAGGGCGAAGACGAAAAAGCAGAUGAAUGGGAAGCCGCAUACAAUCUACGCUUCGAAGACCCGAACAAGAGCAACGAGGUACUAAAAUCAUAUUCCCGUGACGUUGUCGCCGCACGCUCGGUCAGACGAGAGGACAAGACCGCGCGCAAGAAGCAACGUGAGAUGGAGCGCGAAAAACUAGAAGACGAGAAGCAAAAGAGGAAAGAAGAGAAAGCACGUCUACGUCGCUUGAAGCUUGACGAGGCCGAGGGCAAGUUGAAGAAGAUAAAGAAAGCCGCCGGUCUAUCAGGCAAGACUCUGCAGGACGAGGAAUGGCAAAAACUACUUGAAGACGCCUGGGAAAAUGACAAGUGGGAAGAUCACCUACGGAAGACCUUCGAUGAGCAGUACUAUGCUGCGGCUGAGGAGGAAGUAUCCGAUGAUGAAGACGAAGACGGCGCCAAUACCAAGAAAUCGAAGAAGGUCAAGAAACCCAAGUGGGAUGACGAUAUCGACAUCAAAGACUUAAUCCCCGACUUCGAUGACGAGGAACGUCCUAAGAUUACUCUUACCGACGACGAGCAGGACGAGGAAGAUAACGAGGACGAAGAUGCGCCCACUGCUAAGCGGCAAAAAUCUAGCAAGGAGCGCAAGCGAGAAAAGCUCGCAAGUCAGAAAGAAGUGCGACAAGAACGAGCCAAGCUUGAAGCCUUCGUCGACGCGAAGAUGGAAAUCGACGAUCCAGAAAUCCUCGGCGGCAGCUCCUCUUCAAGAAAUAAGGGCUCAUCGUCAACCUUCGCCUACCGCGAAACGCGACCCGAGUCCUUCGGCCUAACCACACGCGACAUCCUCAUGGCCUCCGACGCGGACCUCAACCAAUACGCCGGGUUGAAAAAGCUAGCCCACUUCCGCCCGCAAGAUAAGCAAUCCAAGGACCGCAAGCGUCUCGGCAAGAAAGCCCGUCUACGGCAAUGGCGCAAAGAGACCUUCGGUCCCGAAUUCGAGAGAGAACCGCCCGCGUACAACCCCGGCGGAGCGGGUGCCGCAGAGGAGCCGAGAGCCCAGGAAGCCGGCACCAGCAAUAUAAUCGAAGGCGGCUCGAAGAAGAAGCGCAAGCGAUCGGGCAGAAGCAAGAAAGCCGGGAAAGAGGAGGUAGUCGCGUAG